CCCCAGCCUCCUGCAAAACGACCGGAGAGGCUUUCUCUGUGGCAGUGAACGAUACUUUGAUUUGAAUUUCAACAUUGUAAAUAGCAUGAUCACCUUGGAACUGCCGGUCCCAGAAUUUGCAGAGACUCGCCGGAGUUGGGGGAGCGGGGAGACAAUUGGAUUAAAAUGUAUCGAGCUGGCGGACGUAGCGAGGUCGAGCCCAGCUGUCGACUCCUGGUUUGUGGUGAAGUCGGGAGUUAAUUCAAGCGUUGGCAAAUGACUGACUAGAAAGCAUAAAAUAAAGAGGCAGUUCCAGGCAUGGACAAUACCAUCACCCUGUGGCAGUUCUUGCUGCAGCUGCUCCUGGAGCCCAAGAACGACCACCUGAUCUGCUGGACCUCGAACGACGGGGAGUUCAAGCUUCUGAAAGCCGAGGACGUAGCCAAACUUUGGGGCUUCCGCAAGAACAAACCCAAUAUGAAUUAUGAUAAGCUGAGUCGUGCACUACGCUACUAUUACGACAAGAACAUUAUUAAAAAGGUGAAUGGACAGAAGUUUGUGUACAAGUUUGUGUGCUAUCCAGAGAUAUUAAAGAUGGAUGUCAACAUGGUGGGUAAGGGUGAGAAUGGUGUUGAUUUCAGCUUGCCAGAAAUGAGUAGGCUGCCAAAGGACAAGGAGAACCAUACCCAGGAGAAGGGAGCUUCAUCUUCCUCCAAGAACUCCAACCGUAAUGAUUACAUUCGGUCGGGCCUUUACUCAUCCUUCACCUUGAACUCACUGCAAGCCAACCCAAACAUCUUUAAAUCCAUCAAGAUCGAGAACCCUGCGGAGAAGGUGCCAGAGGAGAAGAGGCUGCCGCUUUGCCAGGAACCGGUGACCGUGAUUAAGUUUGUGACCAACCCGCCGAAAAGACCCUCACCCCUCCCUGCGGUAGAACCAGUGGUGAUCCCCACGCCAACUGCAGCCUCACCGAAGCCCGAGUUGUCGGAAGAAACUUCAUCUGUGCCGAGUGUGGUGACCUCUUUCACCACCACCCCACCCAUCUCCUCUGUCUCGCCCUCCGCUCCUCUGCCCCUAAGCCCCGGCUCCCCCCUCUUAGCCUCCUCCUUCGACCCCCCUGCUGACUUGCCCAUCGAGGCGGAGCUGGCCACCAGCCCUUCGGACCACCUGACACAAUCGCUGGAGCCCUCCGACGGGGAGGAUCUGUCACAGGACAAUGCGGAAGCAAAGCACCAGAAGGGCAGGUCAAAGAAGCCCAAGGAGCUGGAACUCGCCCCUGCCCUGGUCAUCACUGGCAGUGACCCGAGCCCACUGGGCUUACCGAGUCCUCCCCUGCCAGCAGCAUCCUUGACACCAGCCUACUUAACUCAGACUCCCUUCUUGCUGACUCCCAGUCCACUGCUCUCCAGCAUACAUUUCUGGAGUACUUUAAGUCCUGUGGCCACUCUCAGUCCAGCCCGGUUGACAGGAACCAGCACUUUAUUUCAAUUUCCGAACAUAGCCAACAACCAACUGCAGAUCCCAUUCUCGAAUAUGGAUGGCUCUUCAACUCCAACCUCCCUGUCUCCAGAUCUUCAAAAGGCCUAAUCAGGAAACUCAUGGCGCAACAAUCCGCUCUGACAACACUACAGGAGGCUCGGCUAUGUUAAAGACUGUGAGGUCCUGUGGUGACAGUUGCCAAUAUAAACUGAUGUCUCUGGCAAACUAAUCCUUUGAGCAUUCUUCACAAGCAACAGUGAUCAGGAGAGGCGGGCCUUAACCCUGAUCAGCACUGGAUGCUGAUGUAACUAAGGCAACAACAAUAUCCACGUUACAUCUUUCUGAAUUGGAUUUGAAAUCAGCUUCUUUUACUUACUCCACUUAUCCGAACAACAGUGACAUUGUUUGAUGGCUUGUCAAGUGAUAAGAGGCGGACAACUUGUGCAUAUCAAAAUCUCAACGACUUUAUACCUGUGCCAAGUUUCUUCAUUUUGUUUCGAAGCUCCUCCUGUAUAGACCUUGCAUGUAGGUUUGAGGAAUUUAUAUCCAAGGAGCAGGUGACGUACGUUUAGAUCCGUGUUACUGCUUUGAAUUUCCAUUCAUUCACUGAUUUAAUUGGAGUGACGGAGAAGGAUCUUGGAUAACUGGAAGAGGAGCAGUUAAGAUCAGAUGCCCCCACCCCCCCCAGUUCUCUCAUUGAUCAAGCACUGUUAAUCGGGCAUAGUUAGUCAGGGGACUGGACAGAUGCCCAAUGACAUGUCAUUGCUGCAGAUCUCUUUGAUUUUUUUAUUAUUUAGACCCCAUGCCUUUAAGAAUUAGAGCUAACAAACUGGUGCCUGCCCUGGAGUCUGCGUGGUGUAUGUGGCGGAUGGUACAGCCACAUGCUGAGCUCCUUCUGCUUGCUGACUCGGGGACGUGUUGUGAGCGCAGUCACUUGGUAAUUCAUGAAUGCCACUCAGGAGCAGAUGGCUGAACCUGCUGCGCAAGACUGGAGAACUCCAUUUGCCAAAUAACCAGUGGAAGUUCGCCCUGUGGGUCUGGUAGAUUGAAAAGCAGAAUAUCGUGCCAAGUUCCUAGUAACUGCAUUAGUUUCAUAGAAUAACAGCUGAAAAUACUGGAAGUAUUCAACAUGUUGAGAGCAGAGAGAGAGGGAUGGUUUACUUUUCAUUUGUGAAGAAAGGUCGCAUCCUCAAAACUUGAGCUUCACUGCUACAUUCUGACCUAUUUUUAUUUGUUAGCAGAGCGGUUUCUAUUGCUACCUUUGAUCUGGAUGGGUAAGGUACCUUUAUUUGCAGCAAUAUUUUUCAAAUGGCUGCAGGAGUAUUGCCAAGAGUGAUUUAGUGCAAGAUUUCUGCACGGUCUAUGAAUCCUUCUAAGCAGAAAAUGAACCUAGAGUCUCUCUGUGAUGGGAUAAUCAAAGACGUUUGAUGUAAUGAAAGGUUAUCAACUUGAAAAUGUUUUUUUUCAGGAUGAGAACAUUUUAUUAAAUCAAACAUCUUUGAUCUGAGCUCUGUUCCUCUCCCUCCAUACACACUGCUGAUGUGUUGAGUAUUUUUAGCAUUUUCUUUUUUUUACAUUUCUGUGUAUCUAGAGCUUUUAACUUCUGAUUUACUAAUUUCAUUUUUCGUUCCCUUUCCUUCCUGUAAGCUGAUGUGUCCAUUCCUCCUUUUGCCAGCUUCACAAUCGGUUCCUCCCUCCAUCUCCUAUCCUUCAGUGCAUUGAUCCUCCAGCCCAUAAGACCAUGAGCAUAGGAAGAGCCUAUCAACUCCUGUUUUAAAUAUACUCUAUGGCUUGUCCUCCACCAAUGUCUGUGGCAAAGAAUUCCACAGAUUUACCACCGCCAAGCUAAAGAAAUACUUCCUCAGUGUCCCUAUGCUUCCAUCUCCCUCCUUUGUACAUCUGCUCUUUUGUCUUCCUUUCCCUUCCUCAUGUGUUUGCCCCCUUCCCUCCAUUUCCCAUCUUACGAUGUGUCCUUCCCCCUUUUCUGAUUCGGUGCACUCCUCCCUCCAUCUGGGAUCUUUCAGUGCAUUUAUCCCUCCACUGUGGAUCAGAAAAUGUAUUGAUUAUUUUACCCUUUGCCUUCCAUAGUUUAUGCUGAUCCCUCCCCUGCCUGUACACAAGAUAGAUUUAAAAAACGCUGAGUUCAAGCAAUCAGUUCAGGGCAUAAGAUAAUAUUGGGUGAGGGAAUGUGAGCCUUUUUUUGAAGCCAUUUUUUCAAAACCAUCACUCUUCAAAGCUGUUCCUAUUUGAUCUGGAUGGGUAAAGUGUCAUUAUUUGCAGCGGUAUUUUUCUAUAGGCUGCAGGAUAAUUGCCGCGAGUGAUUUAGUGCAAGUUUGUGCACAGUUUGCGAAUCCUUCCAAGCAGAAAAUGAAUUUAGACUCUCUCUGUGGUGGGAUGGUUGUAACUUUAUGCUAGCUUCCGGAAUACGUGGUUGUGUUUUAUAAGAACCAAAAGGGGAUUAAUUACUCAAACGUAAUAAUGGUAUUUUAUCAAUUGAGGUACUGAAAGAUGACUUUCUGAAGCCUAGGUUUAUAGCUAUUUAAGGAGAGGAUGAUUAAUCCUACAAUGUUAGGGUAUCCAUCCCAAAGCUCCAAACUUAAGCAGCCAAGCCCUGUCUGGUUCAAUCUUGUUCCACUCAGUCCAAACCUUUAAACAGUCCUUGGAGGGUGUUGCUUGCCCUUGCUUUUGGAACAGUGUCACCAUGUAAUGAAAUGCAAUGUUCAACCAAGCUCCUUUCCGCUCAUUUGGGUUCGAACGAAGACAAAGGUCCCAUUGGUACGAUGCGAAAAAGGGCAAGGUGUUGCCCCAGAUCCUUGGCCAACGUUCCACCCUCAGAGCGGGGAAGCCAAAGUAAUAAGCAAACUGAUUGUUCAUCUCUUUGCUCUGUGUUAGAGGCUGCAGGUGUAGAAUCUCUGCCUAAUCGAUGCCCAAAACUGCUCGAGCUGCACUUCACGAAGUAUCAAUCACUCAAAAGCACUUUUGAGCACUGUAUCAAAGCAAGCAUCAUCAAUCUUCAAGGGGUUAUCCAGUCCAAUUAAAUGAAAAGGACUCUAAAAUCGGAACAGGGCAGAUGCUGUUGGGAUACGAGGGCACAGGUAUAUCGUGUUGACAACAAUUUUUGAUCCAACCAACUAUGUGAACAAGAAGCAAGUACUAAUUGCAUUGACAGCAGAGGAUGGUAUGCUAAACGUUUUGAUGUGAAUGCCCCUUUAUCACUCACUAAUGAACUUAUGGAAGAAAGCAUGCUGGCGGGCCCGGGCUGCAUGGAGGAAGGACAGGGCUUCACUGGGCCGGGUGAUGUAUAUAUCAAUGUACUAAAAUGGAGAGUCAGUUCCAGGAAGUGGACUUGCUGGAAGUUGAAACUUUUUGUUGGCUUCUUAUGAGCUGGAAUAGGCAGGCAGGACCCUCCUUUUAUAAAGAACUAUUCCAAAUGCUUUAAACUGGGUUUUGCUCAGAAUGUGACCUGCUAUUGUGCAGUAGGAUCAUGGAAUUCAUUUCUACUGGUAUGACAAAUGGUAGGUCAGAAAACUCUCCAUUCUGUUCUUCAGAUGUUGGGACUAUGAUCUUUCCUAAUACUCAAACUCAGAAGAAAUAGAAAAUGUGAGAGAGCUGUGAAAUUAACCACUUGUGAUUCCAUCUGUGCCAUUUUCAAAAUCACGCAUGGAUUAUGGGUGAGAUGUCUACAACAUAUUCACAUUACUUACUCUGAACAUUUAUUGGAAUCUUUCAGAACAAACAACUUCGGAGCCGAAGAUUCAGGAAUUAAUGGAAGAGGAAAAAUAGUUUUUAAAAAAGACUUUUUUGAUGUCUGAUUUACUUUUUUAAGAAGUCAUAAAAAGAUAAACAUUUACUCAAGAGAUGGAAUAGGAAACUGGUGCUGGAACAACCAGGGAGGAACAGAAGACAAUUUUACUAAAGCCAAAAAUGGAGACUGAGCUGUGGAAUUGGCCACUGUCUAAUACCAAGAACCUUGUGAAGGUUUCUUUGAACCAAGAGGUUUGUGAAGCUUCUCUUGAAUGUAGGGGGAUGAUCAUGUUGUGAGAUUGACAGUUAAACUGAAUUUUGACACUAUGACCCUGGUUGCCAUCUACAAUGAGAACACUACUGCUGUGGUCAAAGGAUGGCAGCCCGCCAGAGUCAUCUGGGGGUCACCAAGAAUUAAAGGUUUAUCUCCUAGACCCAGCUAUGAAUGGUGCAAAAGGGAAAAUGAAAUGACAGGGGUGGUUUAAAAGAGUGUUUUCUUUUGCAUUUUCAUUGCAGACUUCCCUUUUUUAGUUACAAUACUAUUGGAAAGACUUUGAGGGGGAGAAAAGGGCUGUCUUGCUGAAUAUUGCUGUUCAGAGGUGGAAUUUAAAUAUUAAAGAAGCAAUCUAUUGCCAGCACUGACACCAUCCAUCCCAACAGUACAAAAACUGUGUCGUUUGCAAGACUGGGCAACAGCUGCCUACCGUCUUCUUGGCCAAAGGUGGGUGACCUUCAAUAGCCUUAAACCUGGAAAUAAAGUACUUUGGAUGUUUAUUUUUUCUUUUAAUAUAAUUGAAAGAUCAUCUGAUGAGAUUAUGAGACACAGAUGGUGUCUACCGUGACAUUCUUGUACAAGAUUUCUAUGGUAUUUGGAUUUCAAAAGGGAAGUGUCUUAAAAUAUUCAUGUUUAUUGAGUUUUUUUUUAGAAAUCUAAAAUGUGUAAAGAGCCAUGCAUUAUUACGUCUAUGUAACUGAGCAGUUAUUUGACCAAACAGGGCUUAUUUGAUAUGGAUUAACGUCCAUUUAUUGAGAACCGGUCUUUGGGCUUUUAGUGAUCAGAGCAUGUUGGCACUACAGUUACUGAUUCUUUAUAACUUUGGCCUGGCCAAUGAUCUGUGGACUUCUGUACAUAGGUGCUGUUUAACAACAUAGCUAAUGUAAAAGUGUAAUGCAUUUAAUUUUAAAUUACCUUCACACCCUUGUCAUAUAUGGAACCAGGGGUUGAAGUUGUACCCUGUGACAUUGGAAUUGGUUUCAUUUGCACAAAUCCCCUUUGUGAUUCUUCUUUGGCUCUUCUUUUAACACAAUCAUAUUGAUAAAGGAGACACGAUUGUACAUGUCUGACUCCUUGAGAGAUCUGUCCAUUUGGUCCCUUCACCAAGCCAUUUUCAUUCCCUUUUUUAAAUAUUCCCAUCUCAAGUUCUUAUUUAAAACACAGCAUUCAAUCUGUUGCCACCAAUAAUUAUUUUUUAUCAUGAUCAUAUCACAAUAGAAGGUAUUCAGUCCCUUGGACCUAUGUCAACUCUCCAAGAGAUUUAUUCAAUUAUUCCAAGUCUCCAGACCACACUGUAACUAUUGUGUGGAAUAUAGCAUAUGGGUCUGUUGUUUCUUUCAGUGCAAGUGUGUAUAGGAGCUCCCUGGGUGCAAAUUACUGAGUUAUGGAAAUCCAACUUUAUACAAAUUCUCCCAUGCAGUUUUAAAGCAUUCUUCAGGACACCAAUAAGAAUAGUAAAGAGAUUCAUGGUGUUUGUUAAUGACUGAAAAUUGUAUAUAUUCUAUUAGUUUAAUCAUGGGUAAUAUUGGGGUGAUUAUUUAAUAAAAUGUAAGAAUUAUAGCAAGUGUGUGUACGAUAAAAAUACUUUUCUGACUUGUGGAAAAAUUGGCUUAUGGACAUUCCUCAGGAACAGGGCCCUUAUGUAAGCUUGGGCACUGCCUAUGCUUGGGAUUACAGCAAAGUUUCACUAGUUAGAUUGUGGUGGAGAAACUACCCGGUCAGAAGAGAUUGGGUUUGGUGCUCUUAAACAUUCUGGAGUUUAGAAGAAUGAGAGGCAAUUUCCUUACAGAGUUCGAGAAGGUUGAUUCAGAGAUGGUAUUUUCAUGCCCAGGGUGCUGCAGAACCAAGGGUCACAAAUUCAGCUAAGGAAUUUUGGACAGGAUUAAGUUGAGAAGAAAUUCCUUCACCUUUCAAAUCACUGGGCAAAAGCUUUGGAGGCUUGGUCACUGAAUACAUUCAAGAAUGUGAUUUAUAGAUUUCUGGAUAUUAGAGAGUCAAUGAGUGUGAGACAAAAGUAAAAGUGCCAAUGCAAAAGUUGGCCCAGGACUCUAUUGUAUGGCAGAGUUGGCUUAAGGGACUGAAUUACCCCUGCUCUUAUUACUUAUUUUUUUCAAAAUAAUCCCAUUCUCUCUCAACACCUCCAGAAAAAUUUCCCUUUACAUUCUCUGUACAAGGAGAACAACCUCAACUAUAGCAAAUAACGUCAUCUUUGGUCACUUAUGUCACACAGAGUUCAACCCUUUUGGUUUCAUUGUUUGUGGACUAACUUUUCUGGUCAACGUUUGAAACAGAGAAAAUUCAAUGCAAUCAAUCAGAGAAACUACACUUACAGGGACGUGGGUUGUGUAGUUGUUUACUGUUUUCUGUGAUCUGAGUGGUGUAGAUAUUACCCUUUUACCUUUUGGGCCUAAGUUGGAAUGCAACCCAGUCUAAUACAACAUUGAUGAUUUUUUUUCUCCCGAUGAGUGAGCUCAUUAAAAUGGGCCCAGUAGGUAAAUGUCUACAAUGCAAAAACUGCAAAUAUUAUUCUUCUAAUCUCAAGGAUUUCUAGCAUGGAGACAAGAAAGCUAUCACACUAAUUUGGUAAAGGUGUUUUGAGCAUUGGGACAGAGUUUCACUCUGCCUGUAACCUGCUUUAUACAUGACCAUGCAAUGAUCAACUGUACUUACUGAACCUUGAUGUACCUCAUUAUCUUAGAGAACACUUUAGCAAAGUUAACAGCAAAUAUUGUUUUGUGCACUGUAGAGUGGUGUAAUAGGCCAAGAAAGCAAUUUGGCUCGUGUGAUGAAUUGGAAAGAAACAAAAAGUUAAAGCCUUUUAUUGACCUUUAAUUGAUAGUAGCCAAAGUGUUGCAGCCUUGUAUUUUAGAAUAAAUAUUUGCCCUUAUUAUACAGAAAGGCAUAAAAAAUAAUAAGAAAUAUACCCAGAGUACUGGUAGCUGUAAAAAUAACUGCUGUUUCCAAUAAGUUUCAGUCCAUGAGGCACAAUGAAUAGUGCCACUAAACAUCAUUGCAUUUGCUACCUAAGCCAAGAGUUCAGGAUAUCGUUAAUGCCUCAUUUGCCUCUCAGAUGAACAUAAGAGGUCAUAAAAAUGACAAUUUUUCAAACAAGAUUAGGGAAAAUGUCUCUUAGUCAAUAUCCAUUUCUCCAACAGUGGCACUUCCAUUGAGGAAACUUUCAACCAAACAGGAUGUUAUCUAAAUGUUUUGGAACCUUAUUGUGCACAGAGCGACUGCAAUGCUUAGGUACAGUACAACAAUGACUGCCCUUCUUAAAGAUCGGGCAGAGCCUGUAGGAGACCUGAGAGUUUCUUCCCAGAAGAGUAAAAAUGCCACAUUCAUGCAAGGGAGGGCGCUGUGGAGCAGCAUGGCGGAAGUUACAUCCUGUUCAUCAGAAUGGCCUGUAACUUGGAAUAGUUCCCAUUUCUGGAGCUCUCACCAUUGCCACGAGGCGGAGAGAACUCUGCUCAACUUCCCCAUUGAUGGCAUGGUUGGAGAAUAGUUAAAAGCAGAGGUACAAGUGAUCAGUAGUCCACUAUUUAUUUUGAGUUUCUUACAUUGUUGAUAUAAGGGGCGAUCUCUCUUUCCACUUGUUUUUAAGUUUAUCUGUCAAAGAAAGCUGAAAGCUUAAUACAAAUUCAGCAUCAUUUAAAGCAACAAGCAUUUAAGUCCAGAGGAAAAUAUUUUCACAAGAACUGUGGUUAAACACUAUUCUGGUGGUUGAGAUUUCACAAAGCACAAGUGACUGCAGAUGCUGGAAUCUGGAGCAGCAAGUAGCUUGCUGGAUGAACUCAUCAGGUCGAGUGGUAACUAUAGAGGGAAAGCAAUUUUCGGCAUUUCAGGUCAACACCUUGCAAAAUGACCCACAAUGUCGACAAUUCCUCCUUCUUCAAUCUCCACAGGUGCUGAUUGACUUAGUGAAUUCCCCUGGCAGAUUAUUUAUUGGCUGAAAUUCCUCAUUAUCUAUAGAUUUCUAGAUGUUUUUCACCAAAUAUUGCUCAGGAAGAUGGAAGGGGGCUUUCGCAGGGCAAUAUUCAUCGUCCCUCUUACUUCCUUGAAUCUAACAAUGACUAUUAUCCAAAUUAUUAUCCAAAGCUUUUGAAGAGUGGUUUCAAUCAGCCUACUUCAACAGUUUUGUAAUAAUCUCAGAAAAUGGUAUAUUCCUUUCUUAAUUCUGUAUUUCAUAUACAAGCUAUUACUUUACUGUUCAUUGUGGCUUUGUGGUCAGCACUUUUGCUACUGAGACAAUAGGUCAUUAUUCAAGGCAGACUGAAGUCUUAGCUUCGUAAUCCAGAAUGGUGUAGCCAAUAAGAUUCCAGCGUCUAUAGCAAGGAUGGACAUUGAGUUGGGACAUUGACCAUAGUCCUUUCUGCUCUCAGGUGGAGGUAACUGAACUAAUUCCUGAGAUGAGAGGGGUACCCUAUCAAGACAGGCUGGAUAAUUUGAGUCUGCAUUCCUUGGAGUUUAAAAGAAUGCGGUGUGAGCUUAUUCAGAUCUAUAAAUUCCCAAGGGGACUUAACAGGGUAGAUGUUGAGAUGCUUAUGGUGAGACAGUCUUGAGCAAGUUGUUAAAAUAAAAAGAUAAGGAGCCAGUUAUUUAAAACAGAGUUGGGUAGAAAUUUCUUUUCUCUGUGGUAGCGAAUCUCUGGAGUUUUCUACCCAGCUCUCCCUCUCUCCCCUGAAGGGUGGUGGAGGCCUGAUCAUUUAAUAUGUUUAAGGUGGAGAUGAAUAAAAGUCUUGAAAAAGAUUGGAGAAGUGAGGGCUGUGGGGAACUGGCACAGAAGAGGAGUUGAGAACAGCAUAGAUGUGCUAUUAUCGCACUGAAUGCGGGGUGAGUUUGAGUGGCGAGGUGACCUGCUCCCGCUGUUUGUUAUGUGCAACACCUAAAGGACACUAUCAUUUUGAACAAUAGCUGGAGUUUGCUAUGUGUCUGGCCCAUGUGUAUUGCUCAAUUGGCACCUUUAAAACAAAUGAAAUGCUUGUUAUCACCUUACUGUUCAUGGGCUCUUGUCUGCAAAAUGUGUUCCCUAGUUUUUCAUUCUUUCAAAUGUCGAGAACGCUAAAAGAAGCUGGUGAAAUUCUUUAGUUCCCUGCAGUUACAGUGGCUAGAAAAGUACUGGAGGAAAAAUAAUUCUAGGAUGAAGACCAAAAGUUGUGCUUACCUACUUAUUUAAUCAUGACCCCUGAACAACGAUGUCUAAAGCAGUGUCUAUUGUCUGCCCCUAAUUCCUCUGAAUUGUGUGGAUUGUUGGGUCUUCUAAGAGAGCUAAUAAAUGCCACCAUUUCACACACACAGCCCUGGGUCCGGGUUCCCAUUUAGAAAUAGAUGCUAGAUUUUGGAGUGGAAUGGGUUUAUUUACAAGGCAGAUUUAGGGCUUUAUAAGAAUAAAUAGGCUCACAUUCACUAAUUUCUGUUGAAUUCAAAUUCAAUUUACCCACCUCUGGCUCCUCCAAAGCCUCUACAUUUUGGGGUUGCUCAACUUUCAAAAUUGGUCUGGAAUUUCCAGGAGUCCUAGAGUAGAACAGCACAGAAACAGGCCCUUUGGCCCUUCUAGUCCUUUUCGCUGCCUAGUCCCAUUGACCUGCGCCCGGACCAUAGCCACCCCCAUGCCCAUUCCAUCCAUGUGCCUUUCCAAAUAUGUUGAAAUUGAACCUGCACCCAACAAUUCCACUGACAGCUGGUUCGACACUCUCACCACCCCCUAAGUGAAGAAGUUCUCCCUCAUAUCCUCCUUAAACUUUUCACCUUUCACCCUUAACCUAGUCGCAUCCAGCCUCAGUGGAAAAGGCCUGCUUGCCAAUCGGUGGUGGUUGCCCAUCAAGUCUUACAAUGGCAGAAGACCUGUAUGGGAGAGUUUUGCUCAGGGGCAGAUCCAUUCUCUCAACUUCAGAAGUCUGGGUUCAGUGAUUCAAUCAAGCAUCACAAACUGGGGUUGAUUGUGACAUCUUCUGUACCUUGUUAUGCCCUUCACUCUCCUCAGAGCAUUGCUGUACCACCUUCCUAGCCAUUGGGUCUCACUAUAGAUCUCAUCUGCCCGGUCCACUGGAGCUGACUUUGCAAGCUAGGACAAGCAUGUCCCUCUCUCACCAGGGUAUGAGGCCUGUUGACUCCCCUCACCUAGUUUAGCCCUAUCUAUCUAUGCACCUCAUAAUUUUGUAUACCUCUAUCAAAUCUCCCCUCAUUCUCCUACGCUCUGGGGAAUGAAGCCCCAGGAAUUGAAGCUUUGAGCAAUCUGCUGUGAACAAUCCUGGACAAAAGUCAUGGAGGUGAUUAGGUAAAAAAAAAUGAAGGUGGGGAAAGGAAAGCCUUAGAUUGACAACUAGUCAAGUUAUAGAAAAAAAUCAAUGGCCAAUUGUUAUGAUAACGAACUUAAGCUAAUGAGAGCCAUUGGGAAGACCAGUAUAUUGAUGUGCAUAUAACUAAUGGUAAGAGAAAAGUUAUAUGCACAUUAAUCUACAUUAACAUGAUGUUACAUUACUCCAGCUUAUUUGAGUUGUGGUCAUCUGAUAACUCCUCCGGUAUUGUGUCCAACUCACAACUGACAGUCCUUUUCUCCUCUGGAAGCUGCUUGCAUUUAUCCUUCCUUGUGAGCAAACAACUUGAUACUUACUGUACUGUCCCUUCACAAUCUUUGAAAAUUUAAGAGCUUGAAUCCAGCACAAUUUAUUCCAAUGCAAACAGAUCAAAUUCCUUUUGUUUCAUGUCAGCUGCCACACUUAUUGUGAAAUAUCCUAAAGUUUUAUUGUUCUUGCUUUUUCUAACUGAGCUACUUUAUGGAAUGAGGUACGGUUUAGUUGCAACACAAAUAACGGCCAUUUGGCCAGUUAAAUCUUCACUGUAUUUUCUGGGUCAGAGAGUUAUUUUCCUUCAAGUACAAAUCCAAUACCACACUUGAAAGUACAGAAUAAGUUUGACGCUCAGAGCUGUGUGAAGCAGAGGAAACUUCACCACCCACCAUAAUUUUAUGUAAACAUGGAGCAACCUUCAAGGUCACUUCAUAGAAUUAAGCAUGUGAAUCUAGGUAGCAAGUACAACCAGAACUAAUCUGCAAGAGCUAGAUGUGCAUACAUUCUCAGCCAUAUUUGUUUCCAUGACGACAACAUCAAAGAAUAAUGAGAUUGCUAUGAAGCAUUUUGGUACUUGAAUGGCAUUAAAGAAAAGCUUUUCCCACUUAAACUGUAGGGAUGGCUCUCAAACUCAGUUUUGUUCCUAACAUCCGGCAAGUGCAAAGAUCUAAACCAUGCAGGUCAUGGGGGUUGUUAAUGGUCCCAUUACGAGAGGAACUUUGAUUCACACCACAUCUUUAACAUAAAACCUUAAGGUAAAGGAGCAGAAUUGGACCAUUUGACACAUCGAGGUUGCUUUGCUAUUUCAUCAUUGCUGAUCUAUUGCCCUCUUAGCCACAGUCUCCUGCCUUCUUCCCAUGCUCUGACUGAUAUAGUGAAAUGAUAAAGGUGUUUUAAACUUUAUGUGACUCUAAUUGGCGCUCACCCUCAUGAAGGGAUUUUAGCACUUAUGGUAAAACUUGGGUCAACUAGGUGGCUAUUAAGGAGUGAAUUAAAGAGAGAAUCAGGGGGAAUUUCAGAGUUAGGUUCCAGGUAGCUGAAGGCGUUGGCAGGAAGAGUGAUUAAAAUGGGGCAUCCUCAGUUGGUGGGAAGCCAUGUAGGAAUCUCAAGGGAUCUCACUUUCUUUCUGCUCACUUCUUGCACUGCUUAUUUAUUUUAUAUAUUUCUUAUUGUAAUUUAUAGCAUUCUUUUAAGUAUUGCACGGUACGGCUGCCGCAAAACAACAAAUUUCAUAUAUAGUGGCCACCUUAUCAGUACCUCCUGUACCAAACAAAGUGGCCGCUGAAUGUACGCUUGUGGUGUUCUGUUGCUGAAGCCCAUCUACUUCAGGCUCCAAUGUGUAGUGCAUUCAGAGAUGCUCUUCUGCACAACGUUAUUUAAAUAAUAGUGGUGUGCAUAACAUGGUUAUCUCCAUUACUUCCUGCCAGCUUGAACCAGUCUGGCCACUCUGACCUCUCUCAUUAACAAGGCACUUUCGACCACAGAACUGCUACUCACUGGAUGUUUGCUUUCUCUCUGUUUUUCACACCACUCUCUGUAAGCUCUAGAGACUGUUGUGCAUGAAAAUCCCAGGAGAUCAGCAGUUUCUGAGAUACCCAAACCACCCUGCCUGGCAGCAACGAUCAUUCCACAAUCAAAGUCACCUACAUUGCAUUUCCUCCCCAUUCUGAUGUUUGGUCUGAACAACAACUGAACCUCUUGACCAUGUCUUCAUGCCUUGAGUUGUUGCCACAUGUUUGACUGAUUAGGUAGCUGCAUUAACGAGCAGGUGUAUGUGGCCAUUGGGUGUAAUUUCAACCAUAAUAAACCUGAUUUUAAUUUGGAAUGUUUGCAGAAGGAGGUAAUAGGGAAAAUUGAAAUGUGAAAAUAUGGAUGACCUUUGUAAAGCCCUCCGAUUGCCAAACUAAAAUAAAAUAUAGCACAGCAAGCACCGGCCUGGACUUGAUGGACAUUAGGACUAGUGCAGAGGAGACAUGAUAAGCUUAAGCCUCCACAAAGUGGGCCCAGGAGCCCACUGAACGAGCUUACAGAUACCAAAGGAAAGGGGGAAAGGGACCAGAUGAGUUAUAGUAGAAGUUAUUCAACAAAUCAGUAGAUUCUCCAUUAAAAUGGAGCAUGAUUUCUCUCUUUUCCAUUUGCAACCCACUCAGACUCUUGAAUUCAUUUCCUUCUAUUUCGAUCCCUGUGACCAACUAGGUAAUAAAAAUCCGAGCUCGUCGUUACCUAGCAACUACUGCCAUACCACCCUUGUCAUUUCCUCUUGUAUUUGUCCCUUGCAGUUUGUGGGCCACAGGAAACUUAGACAGUAGGGCUUUGACCCGGGUUGAUAGGCAGUGUUUGACCAACCGCAUAUCCUCUGUUCUGGCCUGACUGACAGGCAUAUUUUGAAUCAAAUAAUUCAGAGGAUAGAUAACAAAGGGGAGGUUAAACAAGAAAUCAAAUCUAAUUAUCAAUUUGAGAUUUGGAUUCAAUUAAUUUUCAUCAUUGUCUUACAGCAUGGAAACAGGUCCUUUUUAGAUUCAGAUUGAAAUUCAUUUAUUUUUCCAAACACACAGUGAAAUGUGUCUUUUGCAUCUAAGGAUCUGCUGGAGGCAGAUUGGCCCACUGAAUCCACAAAUGUUUACUUACUCAAAUCUGACAAAAAAAAACCCAUUCUCCUAAAAUCCUUCUCAGAUCACCUUAAAUUCACUACUCAUAUCCUCACUAGUGACAAGAUAAUCCACCGUCCUGCCUGUCUUUGGAGUGUGGAAGUAACCUGGAGCACCUUGGGCACAGGAAAAUGUGCCACCGGGUGGCAUAGUGGGCAGCACAACAAUUUACAGUGCCAGCUAUAAGGUUGGAGCUACAGUGCCGCUGUCUGUAAGGAGUUUGUACAUUCUCCCCAUGAGCGCUUUGUUUUCCUCCUAGUCCUUCGGUUUUCUUCCACAUUCUAAGAACGUAGUGUUAGUGAGAGGUGGGCUUGCUAUGUUGGGGCUGAAAGUGCGGCGGCUCUUGUGGGCUGCUCGGCACAGUCCUCACUGACUUGACUUGACUCAAAUGGCACAUUUUAAUGUAGAUGUGACAAGUAAGGCUAAUCUUGCAUCUUUCUUUCACUACUAGCUGCAUUGCUGUCACCUGUAAAUGAAGAAAAUCCCUUCUGCAUAAGUGAUUGUUGUUGCGUCCUGAUGAGAAAUGUCGAUUCUUUAUUCCUCUCUGUAGUUUCUCCCCGCGCCGAUAGGAAUGCUUUCUUUAGCAUUUGUCUGUUCUGUGAGGCCAACUUGCUAGCUCAGUGCUCAACCUAGUGCAAGUAGAAUUUGUGCAAGGAGACAGCCGAAUUCGUACCCAGGACUUCUCUUUCUGAUGCCACUGCACCACCAGCACAGCCUGACCUGCUGAGUUCCUGCAGCAUUUUGUAUGUUUUUCUCUGGAUUGCCAGUAUCUGCAGAAUAUUUUGUGUUUAUGAUUGAUAUUGAAAGUCUGAUUGGUUCAUUUAUGUUCCCCUGGGAAGAGCAUUUGACAUCCUUAUCAGAUCUGGGCCUAUCUCUGACUUCUGACAUUAGAGGAUGCUGGGUUCUUAACUGUUCUUCUGCCUUGAGUUAGAAAACUACUCUGCCAUUUCAGGGUGGGGAGCCCUGCCAGCAACACCCACACCUGUGAAUUAAUAUCGAAGGCUGUCAACGGGAAGAGUUGUUGCUGUCGUACAAUUUCUAUUCUGGUACCAUUGCAUCGGAGUUUGGUGAAAGUGCUGCGGCUGAAUCAGAAUAGAAAAUAGCUUCAGUGUGGGAGUGAUGUGAAUCCUUGCUGUCUCCUAACUCCACUUGUAUUAACUGAAGUGCUAUUCUGCAAGAUGAUGAGUCACUGCCGUUGAUGAUAGCAUGGCCACUUCAGAGAUGUUUUCGGCUUUGAUUUAAUCUUUCCGGACCCCCCUUCCUCCAUCCUUCAGUUACAUCAAUAAUCCUGUUGAUUAUUAUCAAGUUAACUCAGUUAAUUUUCAGGCUUUGAAUGUUCUUGCAGUCUGUUUCCUUUCCCUCCAAUAAUUAGGGCCAAGUGGGCCACUUUUCCUAAGCACCUCAACACUUGAUCCUUGUUUAUGCUCCUCUUUGAAAUUCAUUUGUUUGCCCAAAAGUUUGGUCUCCUUUCUUAACACACAUGUGGUUUGUUGAAGUUGUAUUGGCAACUUUUCAGCACAUUUUAGUGCAUUAAAGGUGCUAGAUGCAAGUUGUUGUCGAAGCAAUUAACUUUUUACUCUCGGAGUCUUAGAGCACCGCAGCGCAAAAAUAGGCUGUUCAGCCCAUCUAGUUCACAUUCUGCCUAGUCCUAUUGACCUUCAUCUGGACCAUACCCCUCCCAUCCAUGCACUUAUCCAAACUUCUCUUGAAUGUUCAAAUUUAGCUAGCUGCCUGCUUGUCUAAAUGAAAAUGUAACUCUUAUUACCACCAGGUUGAAGUGAUGAGCAAAUCAGUUUUGGGGAAAAACUUGAGCAGAGCUCUUGCUGAUUUUGCGCAUCCAACAGAGACUAACACCAAGAGAGUAACCUACGUGCCAAGCUGCUACUUGAGCAUGGAUGGGAAUAUGGGCAUUUGGAGCAUGUUGUUCAUUGAAUAAGACUAUGUGAUUGUGCAGCAAAAAAACCUAUCUUGCUUGGAUUUUAUUAUCAAAUGUGCCGAUAUGUGCUACUCUUUAGAGUUAUGCAGCCUAGUUAUAAGUCUUUCAGCCCACCAUGACCUUAAUGGGCAUCAGGUCCUUGUCUACAAUCACACUUCCCAGCAUUCUGUUUGCAGUCUUCAAUGCCAUGGUGUUGCAAGCACUAUGUAAAACAGGGGUGUCAAGCUCAUUUUAGGUCACGGGCCGGAUUGAGCAAAAUGCAGCUUCAUGCGGGCCGGAUCAGUCGGGCGCGUGCGAACGCAGCUUUCAUUGCCUCCGUUUUUUCAGCCUGUUCUCAUGCGUCUCAGUCUCUGCUGUAACUACAAAGUGUUUCACUUCACAAAUUCCAUUUCUUAUGAAGAAGACUGCUGAGCAAGCAUUAUUUUUAUGAUUGGUAUUAACAUACAAUCAUAGGCUUCAUAUCGCCGGGCCAGUAAUAAUUAAAAUAAUAGAUCUAUCUAAAAUGAUCUCGCGGGCCGGAUAUAAUUGUACGCCAGGCCGGAUAUGGCCCGUGGGCCUUGAGUUUGACACCUAUGAUGUAAAAUGUUGUGAAAAUACAGCCUCCACUAACCUCUCAAAUUGUGCGUACCAGAUUUCUGUCUUUGAGGAAAAGAAAAAAUAAUAUUGCUUAAGUCUUCUCUAGACCUCCCAUUCCUCGCCCUGAACCUCUACCCACUGGUUAUGGACACCUCUGAUAAAGGGAGGAGUUACUCAUUGUCUGCCACAACUGUGCAACCCCUCACACCCACUUUUAAUCUCACAGCCUGGUUUACCCCUUGUCUCCUGCUCUGCAAGAGAAACAAACCCAUUCCAUCCAGUACCUCUGCAUAGCUUGAAACACUACACCAGCCAAUAUCCUAGCGAAUCACCUUCGUACCCUCUCCACUGCAAUCCAUUUGUGGGAUAAAAUCCCACAACUAAGCAACCCUUACUAACCUUCUCUUCCCUGUGAUAUACAGUACUGUGCAAGUCUUAGGCAUCCUGGGUUAUUAUGUGGUUUCAGAUGGCAUGCCCUCUGUAGAGCCCUGAUCUCAACAUCACCGAGGCUGUCUGGGGUUUCCUGGAGAGAGAGUAGCAAGCGAAACCGCCAAAGUCUGCAGAAGCCCUGCAGCAAGUUCUCCAAGAUGCUUGGCAUAACCUACCAGCUGCUUUUCUUACAAAGCUGCACGGCAGUGUACCUAAGAGACUUGAUACAGUUCUAAAGGCAAAGAGUGGUCACACCAAGUACUGAUUUGAUCUAGUUUUUUACUGCUUCCCAUCGUAAAACUUUUUGAUAUUUAGGAACUUUUCAUUACUCGUUUGCAUAGUAAUGUAGCUCUGGUUUCAUGCUCCAAUUCUGCCGCCUGUUUUAAUAGGAGAGACUUGGCUGGUGUGUGUGUGCCAGAAUCAGUAUUUUGGUCUCUGGUUUUGGAUAUUAAUCCCAGGCAGUUAUCCUUGCCAGCAUUGCCUUUGGAGCAUUGUGUGUCUUGUAAAGUCAGAAUCAGGUUUAUUAUCACUGACAUAUGUUGCAAAAUGUAUGUUAUUUGUGUUUGUGGCAGCAGUACAGUGCAAUAAAUAAAAUAUACUAUAAAUUACAGUGUGUGUGUGUAUGUGUGUAUAUAUACACACACACAUACAAAAUUUGUAGUGCAAAAAGAAAGCAAAGGUAGUGAGGUAGUGUGAGGUGGUGUUCACGGGUUCAGGACCGUUCAGAAAUCUAAUGGCAGAGGGGAAGCAGCUGUUCAUAAAAUGUUGAGUGGGUGUCUUCAGGCUCCUAUACCUCCUCUCUGAUGGUAGUAUUGAGAAGAGGGUAUGUCCUGGGUGGUGGGGGUCCUUAAUGAUGGAUGCUGCCCUUCUAAGGCAUUGCCUUUUGAAGGUGUCCUCAAUCGUGUAAAGGCUAGUGCCCAUGCAGGAGCUGGCUGAGUUUGCAGCCCUGUGCAGCUUUUUCCAACCCUGUGCAUUGGCCCUUCCAUACCAGAUGGAGAUACAACUGGUUAGUCUGUCUUAUAGCCAAUAAGCAUUUCCCUGUGCCCUCAGCAUUCUAAAGACAGUGAAUGACAAUUGAAAUGCAGUCAGUAUGUACCACUAAGGAGAUAGUGGCCAGAUAAACUGGUCACUAUAAAAUUAUUAGAUAACAAAGUCAAAGAGUGCAGACUGUACCAUGUUCAAUAUCUCAUCUGAUAUAUGGGCACUGUUGGUCUGGAUUAUAUACUUAGGCCAACAGAUGGAUUCAAACUGUAACCCAUUCUACCAAUUUAGCUUCACCUUUCUAUGGGUUGAAGAUUGUCAAGUCCUGACCUGCUGUAACAUUAGCGUUUUAACUCAUCUAUCCUGCUUGAGCUCAAAUAAUGGAUCAUUUAGUCUGUCAACAUCUGAAGCUUGAAUAUGAAACUCUGGGGGUAGGAUGAUGAAGGAAAUGUUUUGCUUCAAGAAUUUUACUUCAGCUCACAUCCCUUUCCUCAUAAACAGGACAGUGUUCUGUGCAGACUGAGGGGUUGUUGAUGCUUAUUUACUCCACACUGGGGCUGCGGCAGCAAGAUCAUUCCAGUAGCCUGAUGCAGCCUUUCAGUUCUGCCUUAAUGCUCUCCCUGUCAACAGUGGGGUUGAAACAGACUGAGAACGCAGGAAGUAGGAGCAUAUGUGGACUUACCAACCCUUAGGCCUGCUCUACAACUCUAUAAUAUCAAGGUUGAUAUGAUAUUCAUCUCAAUUCUAAUUUCUUGUUCCUUCCCCAUAAUCACUAGCUUCCUAAUGGUUUAAAACAAAAUCUGUCGCUCUCAGUCCUGUGCGUAUUCAAUGGUUCAGUCCUCAUGACUUUUUGUAGUACAGUAUUCAAAAUGCUCAGGCUGAGGAAAAUUCCCCCACUAAUCUCCAUACUAAAUGGAUGACACACAAGAUGCUGGAAGGACACAGUGGGUCAAACAUCAUCAAAGCAGAGAAGUAGACUAUUGGUCUGCUUGGGUUGGCCAUGGUAGCCAUGGGUUGAGAUCCUUCAUCUUCACCACAAGCAUUGAAUGUCCAUUUCUCUCUAUGGAUGCUGUCUGAUCCAUAGAUCUCCUCUGGCAUUUUGUGUGUUGCUCAAUAUUCCAGCAUCUGCAUUGUCUCCAUUUUAAAUAGAUGACCCCGUAUUCUGAGACUUUAACACUAGAUCUAGAUUCUAUCAAACAACAGUACCAGAGGAAUCAAUCUCUCUGUAUAUAUAAGGUUGAGCCCCUCAAGUUUCACUAAGACCACUUCUCAGUUUUAAAGUCCGGAGACCCGCAUUCUCUUUUGACAGAGAAAAAUGGUAGUAGAACUGUUUACUUCUUUCUUCAACAUCAAAUCUGUGGAGCAGACUUGUUGGGCCGAGUGUCCUAAUUCUGCUCCUAUAUCUUAAGAUCUUAUAUCUUAUGGUCUAGUAUUUAGGAGACUGAGAAUAGUGCUGACUAAUCGGUGUCCGUACUUAAGAAACUCAGCUAUAUCAUUAUGGGCUUCAUUAUAAAAUAAAUGCACCUAAUUACUUUUAUUUCUUGGAUCUAAUUACUUUUACUUCUUGGAAUUUGAUAUCAAAUGGAUGCUUUUCAAUGUUAUUCUACAAUAUCGUUGGUGGAAGAAAGAGACAAUUUGGUGCAAAGGAAAUGUUUGAAGUUGUUUUCCUCUAAAUCUGUUGGUUCACAUUGAGAAUGGAAUGAGGCUGCCAAAAAAAUUAUUGUUGCAAUUAGGAAGAUUUCCAUUUCCGUGGACGUAUUCAGAGAAGGUUUCAUUUAUCCAUACAGGCAAAAUGGUGAGCAUGGUGGAAGGAGGGUAUUUUCUCACUCUAGACAACACCGGAGCCUGGUGAAAGACUGAGAAUGAGUUGCCUAUUGUUUUGGUCAGAUUCUUGUGAGAACCUGCAGGUGAAAAUACAUCCUGGGAGUCCUAAUGUCAAAGCAGGUGUGAUGCUAGGCAAAAUGACUGUUGUUACUUGCUGAAGCCUGAGAAACCAGCUCAUCUUUACGGCUCAGACACUUCUAGUUGUCAAAAUAUAACUGUGUGAUGAUUAAUGUGAACUGAAAUAGCUAUUCCUAGGUUAGAACAGUUGAGACAUUACCUGCUGGCACAGUGUACAGUUGACUCCAAUCUGCUUGGUGAGUUACUAUGUCUAGGAAUACAUACUGUGGAAAAAGCCAAAGGUAUUGAGUCUCCCGUUUAUUUGAGAUUUUAAGGGAAAAAAAAGUUAUGACCUUCUUUAAAACAAAAUCUCCAUUGAAUUAUAUUUACUGGUUUGUUAGUGCUGUACUAACCUACAGUAUGUGGAAGUUAUAGGUUACGGGAUUUCUUUUAUAAGAUUUUGCACCUAGAGCUAAUGUAUGAAGCUUUGACCCAGAUUUUGUGUUCGUAAUGACAAUGAUCAUCACACCUUGAAACUAACAGCAACACCUGGAUCCCCUGUCUUCAGGUGCACAUUCCAGAAGUUGUCAGUGAUUCACUAAGUGUGCUGUUUACUGCCUUCUCCAGACUAAUCAGGAAAUUAAUGAAAAUUUCAGGUAUUUUCAAAACAAUUUGUUAUUAAUUACUUUGAAGAUAUUCUGGUUUAUGCAGAGAAUUCGUAAUGCAAUACUAAGCCAUAGUUACUGCUUCACAAACAUUCUCCUUUAAAUUAAUUUAUUCUUUUAUUUUUAACAAAGCUUGCUUAUUAUCAUCCAAAACUUCAAAGUGAAGUUUUACUACCCCGAGAUUCAUUUUCUUUCAGGCAUUCACAGCAUUAAGUGUGACUUUAUGUGUGUGCCCCAAUCUUUACAGUAUUUUCCUCUCUGUAAAAUUAUCUAAAGAAUAUAAUCAGUUCUGCUAUUUAUUUCCUUUUUUGUGAUCCGUGUGAAUUCUUCAAUAUGAUUGGACGUUCACCUUUCUCAGAAGGGUCACACCCUCAGGACUGAUGAAAAUAACCAGCAAAGGGAAGUUCACAAGUCCGUGGUGUCUAAAACCUUUAGGGGAGAAGCUCUCUUUUAGGUCACGGAUGAGCUGGGUGACUUUGCCAAUGAGCACAAAGUCUGGGCCAAUAACUGUUUUCAAUGAAAGAUGCAAUUGCAGCCAAUGAGCAGGGUAGGCACAUUACUUGGGAGUUCAUGUCUUAGCACUAAUACCCUGCUCCACUUAUAUCAAAUGACUAUAUACCCCCUUGUUCUUUCACAAGUACUUUUGAAAAUCAUGAAAUGAUAAAAUAAUUUCUAUGGCUAAUAUGUUGAAUUUGUAGAAAUUAUAAAAGUUCAACUAAAUAAAUGAACAUAUCAAAAAAUAUAUUUUCUGAAAUAAAAAUUGAGCCCAACCGAAAGGGAAACUAAUGCUGUUUGGUUUGGCAAAAUGUGUAGACAAUCAAAGAAAGUGGCUAUUUUUGUUGUACAUUUGAAUUAAAAAAAUAUAUGUAAACUACAGUCUUGCGUUGUGUUAUUUUUAAUAGUUGUGGAAAUCAUGUGAAUUCUGUCAUCUUUCAGGAAAAGACAAGAUUCAAGCCCCAUUAUGGGAGGAGAACUCUCAAUAUUUUCAUAUUCCCUUACAACAGAUAGGAGAGAUUUGACCCACAGUGUUUUUGCUGGUUCUCAGUGCAUUGCAGUUUCUUACUUGUUCCCUGUAUCCAAUCUAUUGCAUAUGCCUAUCAACUCUCCCCUUGUUCUCCCACCAGCCAAAUUCCUAGAGGGAGUUUGCAGUAACCGAUUGGGAGAGAUCUCACAAUCAGCUAAGCUGAUUAAGAGUUCCUGGGCAAAAUGACUUUGAUAACUUAGUGAACCUUCUCAGAGAAUCCCACAUCUUCUCCCACAGGCCAGUCACAGAUUGUUUGAACUGUGACAAGAGCUCAUUUUCACUUUUACUGACAAAUCUACUUUUGAGCAAAACUGGACUGCAUUAAGGAAGAAAAUGCUGAAGAGAAAAAAAAUGACAACCUUUCCUUAGAUGUGAGAAAGGUUAAAAGAAAAGCCGGUGGCAUACAUUUAGGGUUGUGAAGAUUAAAUUUAGGAUACACAUCAGGAUUUUUAAAUACAGGUAAUGCAUGGGCAUCAGGAUAGCUAGUCAAGUUUUAAGUAUUAGCUCCAUUUAAAGAAGAGCUAGAUAAUAUAAAGGGAAGAUAGGUAUGUUGAAAUGGAACAACAGGAUCUGGGUAGAGGUGGGAAUGUGUAUGAUUAGGGUGGGAGAAAUGUGAUGCCACCAUUGAGUGUGUAUAAUUGAAACAAAACUUCAGAUAUUAAAGAUGUAACUUCAAUACAAGUUCAAAAGUCUGCAAAACAAUAGGGGAAUUAGGAUGGGGUUGUGAAGCUGACUAUAUAUUACUGAAGGUUGGAAAUGCAGAAAUACAUCACCAAUGGACCAAAAUGUAAACUAAUCCUGUGAUAUGGUAACAAGCCUUUAAAUUAUUAUAGAUAUUGAAAUGAAAUUCCACAGCAUUUUGUUUUAAAUAUCUUUUAUCUAUUUUCUCAGUUGUCAGAACACAGACAAACGCUGAACACACAAGUACAAAUUAUCAGAUGAUUAACAUCCAACUUCAGGAGUUAUUCAAUCAAAAUAGCUUUCACAAAAGACAUUUAAAUAAAACCAAAUCAUCUCAUUUUCAGAUAAAAACAGAAAUGAAAAUGUAACUUUUAGGAUCCCGUCAGGGGUUAAGGAAUAACAGGUACUAAAUUAUCUAGCAGCUCUGGAGUGUCCUGGAAGGUGUUUUUACAGGCUUUGGCACACUACUGAGGUGCAAUGCCACCACUUACUGAACCCAAUAAGAUCCUUUCCUGCAGCCACCACUCCACAUAAGUUGUUACUUUUAAAUUCCACACCUGGGAGCAAUCAUUGAAAUCCAUCUGCAGUCCUUCAACCAAUUAAUGGUGCAUUGAACCGGAGAGGAAGCUGACCAAUAAAUUAAUUGUGGAAUCCUGCCUCUAAUAACAGCUUACUUAUAAAACAAUAAACUGCCAAUGGCGUAUCUGUAAACCAGUUUGCAGUGCAGAGGAACCUGUCACAGGAUAGGAGCCCAGUCCUCGAGGCUUGUAACCCCAAACCGUGAGGAAACUAAUUUUCAACUGGUUCUUGUAGAUAAUUUGAAUUGCAAAUUCAUUCGUGAAUCCAAGCUCAGUUCUUCUCGUAAGGCUAGAAAGUUACUCCUAUCACUAUGUAUCGGGACUGGACAAUCUAUAAGACAGAAGGAUAGCUGUUUUUAUCCAUCCUGAAGCUGUUCUUUGGACACAGCAAGGAAGAGUGGACAUUUUCAUGAGGUGUUGGGUGGAAAUUAAAUGUUAUAAAUGGUAUUUCCAUAAUUUAAUACUCAUGAUAUAACUGGUCUCUUGACACCUGUCUCAGUAUUAAGUUAGUUUAUAUUGGGCACUGCUUUAGUUAAGUUUAAUUGAGCUCCAUUUGGUGUAUAGAUGAGUGUACCUUCACCCCAAAAGCACAAUGGAGCCUCUCCUGUUAUACAAGUAUGCCUUUCCUUGGAUGAGAUUAAUCAAUCCAUAUCCAACUGUCUCCAACUCCAUUUGAUGUGAAAUGAAUAUGACCAGCUCAGAAAGCAUUUGACUUCCAAUAAGGAUUCACUACAAUUUUGUGGUGAGUCAAUAAUAAAUACAAAUUCCAUCUGAAUACAACUUUAAAGAAAGGAAUGUUGUAGUAUAUUCUUUCAUGGUUAAAAUGGUAUUACAGUUUUGCAAAAAAGACCAUUCGACUGACACUGGCUGUUGACUGUUGCAGAAAGUGGUUAUAAUAUGGGACUGUUCUGGAGCUGAAUCCCUCUAAUCUGUGAUUUUACCAGAAGCUUCCAUUUGAAGCCCUCCAGGUCUUUGGGAUGUUGCCAUUUUCCAGCUCAAUUAGCAUGCAAUCACAUCAAAUGGGCCACCAUUCCAGAACAGUACUGAGGGUCCUCUCGACUGUCUGAAGACAUAUUCCUCAGACAGGUGAUGCAGAGUCAUUCCUUCAGCAUCAUUUGAUGAAGAGCGAGGAAUUACCUCACUAACUUGACCAAUAAUCCUCCGUCAACCAAUGCCAGCAAAAAUAAAUAGACUAGCAUAUAACAUGCUCAACAUAAACUGAAUAUUGUAUUUCCUACACUACACCUGGAACUACAUGUCAUUGUAUCUGCAAUAUUUGGAGAUAUAAAACUUUUAGAUUGUUAUCCUUGGUGAGAGAAUGGAUGAAAACCAAGAUACCGAUGGUUUAUGCAUGGACACCUGUUCCUCUCCACUACGAGACUGGGCUUUCAGCGCAAAGACUGAGAGUUGGAAUUCCCGCAUGGCAGGAUGCAAAACUGAAAUGAGUAAAUUUGGGAAUUUUUGCUUGCCAGCAAUGAAAGGAGAAUGGCCACAAAGGUUUUAGGAGAAACUUUGUGGUUCAGUUAUGUCCCUCAGUGGAUUUUUUCUCUUAAACUAGUCCUUCUUUCAGUUUUGUGACCUUUCACAGGUAAAACUGGGAUUUGUCAUCUAACCCCAACUUCUGUACACAAGGUAGAGAAUGUGGGAUGGGGGUUACUCUCACAGUGAUAUCCAACGGGGUACUCCAGGCAGUGACCACAUGCCAUGUUUGACUAGUGCAGUUGACCAAACACAAUUCUAAUAGACAAUAAAUGUCAUCUGGCCAGUGUCACUCAGCACGUGAGCAGACAGAAUGCAGUCCAACUUUGGCUGAGGUAUCAACCCCUUAAUUUUCAAUCUUCAUGAACUGAGCACAAGAGUGGAGGAACACCUGCUGAAUGCUUGUAACCGGGCCCUCCAUGUUUAUGGCCUUCACUCUCACUUCAAGUGAAAUUGGAACAAAACAUUUGAUUUCUCAACGAAACAUUUGGCAUUUUGUUUUUAACAAAUAAAAAUCAAAAAAUUUAA